UGGUCUGGCCGUCGCGUCCUUGUCGUCCUCCUGUUUGGUGUUUGUCAAUGGUGGCUAAUGACAAGGAGGGCAAUGGCAAGCACAAGCGAUAAUCCCAUUUCAAUAUUGGAGGAGCGGAACGCCGCUAGAUGCAUUUCUGGUUAGGCCCAACCAACCCCCUUCCUUGCAACUGAAAUCUGACGCGCUGCGACUAAAUUGGAGGGCGACAGGAUAGGGACGGAGGGUAACCAACUUCGGACCGGCCUCCAAACCUCGUCACAAUGAGAUGGCAUUAUCCGUAUCGAGAUGCCGUGCUCUGUAUCCUAUCCCGGUGUGAAGAGACGAUGCAUGUCGACGCCAACGGGCCAUCAGCCCUCGAGGCCAGCCACCAUUACUGACCGACAGCUUUCGGCAAUUCCAUCGCGAUUUUGUCCUUCUCGUCAGCUUUCUUUCCAGCCGGGAUCGACACCCCAACAUCGCAGACACGGCUGUGGUUUACACCGUUUUGCCCCGGCAAUCCGUCUUCCAGGCACUGCCACCUUCCCCGCCAACACUACGAGCACAACAUCAGACACCUUGUGUCAGGAGACACGUGCCAUCUCAGCAAUGCUUCUCUCUUCAGGGGCAAUUGCCCCCAACAACAAUCGAGCCGAGACCAGCUAUCUACGUAGUGCAAUACGUGGAUCGGUCCAGUUGAGCCAAUCCUCUCUUGACGGUGAUGCUAUUCUUCAUAGCGUUACAAGGGUGAUGCUACGGCCAUGAUGCUUAGCGAUCGACCAGUAGACCCAUUGCGCCGUCUUCUGUCUCAGUCCGCGUCUUCAGGUCACCCAGCUACGUGAGCCAUCCGACCACGUCUGGCCUCCAUUCGGGGAGCGGGAGGCCGACAACGUAAAAUCAGAAAGGCCGCA